UACGACGAAUGUAAUUCAUUCUGCGGCGCGCGCGAACGGAGCCAACACCGCGUGCAGUUUGUACCUCGCGUUACGCCUCUGUAAUAUCGAUCUGAGCGCGGUCAGUGGACAUGCGUUUAGCGCUUUUAACUUCAUUGUGACAGGUGCCCUGUCCGGGGUAACCCGCUUCGAGUGUCUCGUCGGCGCGGAAGCGGCGCGCUAUGCCGAUCGCGACGAAAUAAUUGCUGCGACACCGCCUCGCGGAGACGCGUCAUCUCCGGGAAGAAAGAAAGAGAGAGAGAGAGAGAGGGAGAGACGGAACAACGUCAUGUGCCUCGUGUGUGCCCGUUGACGGAGAGGCGCACACGGCAGGCACCGCCGAGGGCUCCGUCGACCAGUGUCUGGAACAUGUGCCUUUGACUACGACUAAGAACCCCGUUAAUCUGAAAAAAACAUGACUGCCAUAGGCGACGUGCAAGCCUUGCAAACUCUGACAGUUUACAGUAGCGAUGUAAACAGCGUCGACUUCGCCGGCGAUUGCGUUCUGGUGACGGGAUCCGGGGACAAACGCGUCCGGGUCUGGGAAUGGCAGCCCGGCACUGGCUACGUCGAGGCUUAUUUCUCGCCCCUGAUGGGGCACAAGUACGGCGUGACCUCGGUCAAGGUCAGCCCGCAGUCCACCAUGCUGGCCACCUCCAGCAUAGACGGCACCACGCUGCUCUGGAACUUGCGAACGGGGACGAAGAUACACACUAUGGUGCAAGUGGGCGGCGAAGCGGUGAGAGUCUGCAGAUUUUCGCCGGACUCGACAUUGCUCGCGACCGCCGGAGAUAACGGGCAAGUCUGUAUCUGGGAUCUGAUUCAUCGCAAUUUAAUCAGAUGUUUUCAAAAGCACGAGGGUGCCGUGCAAAGCUUGUCCUUUUCGCCGGACUCGAGCUGGCUGAUCACCUCGUGCACGCUGGGCGUUCUAAAGCUGUUCUCCACUGCCGAAUUGAUCGACACUUGUACCUCUAGUAAUCAGGACAUCGCCGAACUUGUCUCGAUUGACGACGCUCACGACAUGGGGGUGGUUUGCUGCGACUUCUCGACUUUCCAAGAGGUCACAUGUAACGAGCCGUACACCAAGCUCUAUCAACUGGUCUCGUGCGGCAACGAUCACGACGUAAAAUUGUGGGAGGUCACAGUGAGCCAGCAUAAGUGCGAGGCCCAACCCUCUACUGCCACUGUACAGCUUUGCAGAGUGAUGGAAAAGCACAGCAGUGCCUUAACUUGCGUCCGUUUUAGCAGCAACGGAUUAUAUAUCGCCAGCUGUGGCCUCGAUAAAACGGCAGUAAUUUGGGAGACGAGCUCAGGAAAGGUCAUGUCGAUAAUGUCCGGUCACAAUAGAUACAUAGCUUGCUGCGCUUUUUCGCGUGACGGAAGCUUAUUAGCGACAGGCUCUAACGAUAAAUCAGUAAUCGCGUGGGACUUGACUGGGAACUUGACUAUUGAUUCGGAACUCUCGAGAAACGUUGGAACGAAGUGGUUUGUGAAUGAUCCUGAACAGAGCACCAUGCGUGAACACGACGUGAUGAGAAACGUCGAGACGUACGCUAACGAAGUGAGAUUGAUUCAGAGAUUGGAGGAGCACAGUGGUGCGGUGAACAGCGUUGCCUUCCACGGAAAUAAUCUUUUAGCUUCGGCGUCAGGCGAUAAACUGGUGCGCAUUUGGAGCGUCGAAACGGAAGAGGAGGACGGGGAGGAAGUGAUCAAAAUACAGGAGAAACCGUUCAGUCCACUCGACGCUCACACCUACAGCGCCAAUUAUGUGGAAUUUAGCCCGUGCGGUUCAAUGCUCGCCUCCUGUUCUCUCGACGGGACGACUUUAGUUUGGAACACAGAAAGCGGAGAUCAAGCAAAGCCCUCGUUUGUCAAUUCUGGUACAGGCAUUCGCGUGUGUCGGUGGUCACCUGACGGCACGAAGAUUGCUACCGCUGGUGAUGACGAAAAGACUACGUUGUGGGACAUAGACUCUAUGGAGCAGUUGCAGCAACUUUGCAGUGUCUUCGAAGGUCACGCCGACGCGAUAUCGACCAUUGCGUUUACACACGACUCCCGAUACCUGGUGACUGCGUGCAACGAAGGCACCUGGCGUCUCUUUGACACUCUAGACGAGAAGAACGGUUCGGAAGCAUUGCUGGUUUGCGACGCGAGUCACGAUCUGGGUGUCCAAGGCUGCGACUUCAGCCCUACCCCAGGCUCCUUGAUGUGUAGUGCGUCAAGGGACACGGAUGUGAACCAGCAGAUAUAUUUACUGGCGACGUGCGGCAAUGAUUCGUUGGUUAAACUCUGGCACGUAAUUAUUUCAAACGACCCACCGUCCGAUUCGGACAGCAUUAGUUCGAGUAAUGUCGGCACGCGUUACAAGGAGAAGAAGUCUUUGACCGGGCACGGUGGAAACGUAAUGUGUGUCCGUUUCUCGCCCGUCCACGGGGAAGUUGUAGGUAGCGUCGCAACAGAUAGAACGGCCCGUAUAUGGAGCGUGUUUUCCGGAAGCUGUUUGUACGUCAUGGAGGAUCACGAUAGUCUUGUUACGUCGUGCGCAUUUUCCGAGGACACGUCAUUUUUCGCUACAGGUGCAUUGGACAAGACCGUCUUGGUCUGGAAGGUGCCUCAACAGUUGGUGUCUCAGAGUAAUUUGAUGGAUAGCUUGAGAAACAAGAAGAAGAGAGUCGCGGAUUGGAAACUAUACGACACUUUGAAAUGGUUGAACGACAUUGAAUUAUCCAGAUUGUCUAGGAAAGCAUUGACUUUGGGAUUGACAGGACGACAUUUGCUAUCCGUGUCGGAGAACGAACUGAUAUCCCGGUUAGAAAUCGAAGACGACGAAGAGGCGGUGGAAAUAUUGAAGAAGCAAUUAUAUUGGCUGAAGCGCGAGGACUGCAACGUUAUGGAGAACAUAGACGAAUCUGAAAUUCCCCACGAAUUCCUGUGUCCUAUAACGCACGAGAUAAUGAAAGAACCUGUGCAGUGCUCAGACGGAUUUACUUAUGAAAGGGCAGCAAUAAACGAAUGGUUCCUGUGUGGAAAAUACACCAGUCCAAUGACAAACGAACCGUUGCACGAUACUUCCUUUACUGCGAACUUCGCUCUCAGAAAUGCUAUACUCACUUUACUUCACGGAGAAGGACCACAAUAGUAAUGGCAUUUUUCGCACUUACGGAAGGAAAAAGAGAAAAAAAACGGCACGUGUUGACAAUUUACGAUACACAAUAAGCAAUGGUAUUCUACGUUAUACAUUCAGAUUCGAUAGUUUUAACGCAAUAAGAUUCGUUCUCUUUACAAGAAUCGAAAGAAAUUUGAACAUCGAUCGGUAUCUGCGGACCAAUUAGACACACGUAAAAAUACAAACGACUCAGUAGCGAUUUCAUAAUUAAAAAUUACCGCGAAAGGAUACCGCGUGAGGGCUGAGGCAAGGAUCUACAAUUCCUGACCUUUUAUUUCGAGGAGUUUUGAAAUUGGGAUUAUUGGAGAUAUGCUUAGAGAGAACACGUUUCAACAAAUAACUAAGGAGCAUUGUCGUAACUUUUGUCGAGAGGCGGUGUGUAUCUAAGAGCCGCCGAUCGACACGUUAUCAAUAUUGGAAGUAAUGUCUAGAAAUGAAUAUUGUCGAAAGAUUUCUGAACAUUUGACAUCGAACACUCGAUGAUAUAGUGCGUGUACAAUACACGCAACGAUCCAGAUACCUGAUGCAAAGCAACAAGUACAAGUUUACAAAAAAAUUUAUGGACAAUCUUCGAGAUUAUGGAUAUAGCGGGGGCGCUGGUCUAAAUAUCAGAUAUUACAGAGUAAUUGAACGUACGUACGUAUACAUGUAGUUAGAAACAUAUCGAGAGUACACAGAUUUUAUAUCGGUUCUAGCUGUAAACAGGAUUUACAAGUUUUCGAAUUGAAUAGAACGUGACGUAUGUUUUUGUCACUCUCUUUUGCAUCUCCAUACCAAAUUUUUUAUAGCUCGGAUAAUUCGCGUUUUCGUCGAAAGAUACGAUCGAAAGAUACGAUCCUGUGUUACGAGACGAAGAGUUUACGAUUUUAUGUAAGUCAUUCUUGAUAUCAGUAUUAGAUAGAAUUAAUUUCGAGUCUAAGAUUGCAUUGACAGGGUUAACUUUGCACCAGGGAAAAGAUUUGGGAUCAUUUAGUAUCAAAGGAACUGAUUUCAGUAGCUUUCUGACUAUUUCUUUGAAUGCUAAAUGGCCCUGAGAUUUUCACUGCGUCGCAAAGUUGCAAAUCUUUACUUUAUAGUUGUUGAAAAAAAAAUUGAAAACCAAGUUUUCAAUUUAGUGAGUAAUGAAAAUUUUGCGCGAUAUCAAACACGUGUUUUAGAUUGAAUAUGCUACUUAGUAGUAUAGAAAUAUUUGUGCCUAACAUAACGACGAGGAAGACUCGUAUUUCUCGAGAUAUGAAGGAAGCAUCUCGAUUUUUUACUCUACGACAUUAUCGUGUUUUAUCGAAUAUUUAUUUUCUGAGAUAUAACUUUGUAAUAUAAUUAACAGAGAUACGUUAAUGUACGUGAGACUUGCGUGUAAUAAUAAUUCCUUUCUAUUUGCAAAUAUUACGCUACAAAUUAUACUAAUUGUUGGUAUACUUUUUAUUUACUUGUUGCACUAAUGUUUAAUAGACAAUUUUCUUUUUUGACACGUCAAUUGUUAUUGGUAACCAGACUGCUUGCCCGUCAUUAUUAAUGAUUAUUGUCGUAAAUGCUAGGGAAUUUGUUAUACACUUUUUAGAUCGAUGAUAUUAUGGAUAUAAAUAGCUAUAAUCAUAACAUUUUAUAAUAACACCGUAUUAACUCUUAUAGUAGUUUUUAAGUGUUAUAAACAACAAUUACGAAAACUGUACAUAUACAAUUGUAACAGACGAUAAGAUAUACGUGUGUAUCGCUUGGAGGAACGUGAACCGUCGAUUUAUUUCUCUUUCUGAGAAAUUAGUCAGAGGUGAUUAAAAAAGAAACUCGAUCGUUUCUAAUUAGCGUUCACGCACAGAUUUUUACAUAAUUUCUACGAGGUUUUCAAUCACUCAUGACGAACACGGUUUUGUAAUUGUACGAUUUUAAAUUGUCACUCGAAUUCAAAGUCUGUAUUUCUGUGAUAUAAUUGAGAAAUCGUUUGAAACUUGUGUAUCGGAAGGGCGCGUACUAACACGAUCGCGAAUAACACGUUUACAAUCGCGCUAUCGAGGGAACUCCGACGUAAUCGAGCUUGAGCGUUAAGCGACUAUACAAUUGUAAGCGUGAUUUUUCUGUAUAGCUAUAUACAAAUAAUAAAAUCGAUACUAUAAUAAUAUCAAAAGCGA